AAGUUAUUUUCUAUUUCAAUUGGCCCAAGUAAAAGCCGUAUCGUAUUGGGCCUAAGAAAGGCCCCAAACUUUGACUGAACAACUAACAACGUGGUGAAAGUAGAACCUUAGGGUUUUUACUGUUUAAUCAAUCGGAAGAGCGCCGGGAACCACCGUUACCGUCAUUCGUCGGCUCCUCUCUCCGCCGCGCAUCCUCUACUAUCUCACCUGAUCCAAUGGCUCCGAAGAAGGAGAAGGCACCUCCGCCAUCUUCCAAGCCCGCUAAGUCCGGAGGUGGAAAGCAGAAGAAAAAGAAAUGGAGCAAGGGAAAGCAAAAGGAGAAGGUAAACAACAUGGUAUUGUUUGAUAAAGCUACUUAUGAUAAGCUAAUUUCCGAGGCACCCAAAUUCAAGCUCAUCACUCCUUCAAUUCUCUCUGAUCGUUUAAGGAUUAACGGAUCAUUAGCAAGAAAAGCGAUUCGAGAGUUGAUGGCAAGAGGUGCAAUUCGGAUGGUUUCUUCUCAUUCAAGCCAGCAGAUAUACACAAGAGCUACCAAUACAUAAAAACCUCCUUCACAAAUAAGUAGAGCUAUGUCCACUUUUGACUUUGGCAUCUUUAUUUAAGUUGAUUUAAGUUCAUUUAAUUGACUAAAUUUUGAUAAGUCAUUUGCAAUUCGCCAAAAAAAGUUAGAUUUAUUUCACAUUUUUAUUAAAUCGAUUAUUUUUGUUCUCAAA